CAAAAAUCUCUCAAACUCAUCAAAGAAUCUCUCUCUCUAUCUCUCUCGCACACACACACACACACACACACACACCCAAAAAGUUCUCUUGUUCAAGAAAACCUUUAGACUGAUACAAAAAACACAGAUUUGGGGGGACAUUUUUCUGUUCAAUGUGAGAUUUUUUUAUGGUGUUACCAGAAACAGACGAAGUGAUUUAUUUUACCAAGAACUGGGCAUCCUUCCCACUUUGAUGCAAACUGAAGGAGCUCCAGUUCCAGAUCAGUUAUGGCGAUAAGCAGCGGAUGUCUUUUCAAGUGACAACAUGGAGCCGGUCAGACUUGUGCGAGUGUGUUUGACUUUAGUUGUUAUUUUCAGCUGUGGCUGUGGCGCGCACAUCGCAUCAGCACCCACUCUGAAAACGGACCAGGCUUUGUUAAUAUUUCAUAACCGGCUGCCCCAUGAAGUUGAGGUCUUGUACACUUCAGAUUUUUGCUACAAGUGUGUUUACCAGAGUUUGGUCCAUGUGAAAGCCAGCUACAACAAUGUGACUGCAGCCAUCAGCACCAAAUUCCCUUUGAGCUUGCAAGUGGAGUCCAACAAGAGAAAUGCAAUUCUUUGCCGAUGGAAUCAAACCUAUGAGGAGGGUGGUCACUAUUCGGUUUGGAUCCUCAGGUCAGACAAUGCCAGCAUUGCCACCUGUAUUCAUACCGUGGACAGAAAACCUCACAAUUCCUACUUGCCUAUUCUGGUGGCAGCUCUCUCCUUGGCUGUGACUGCUCUUUUAUUUGUUGUUGCGCCCUACAUAUACAGAAAGUGUCGCACGUUGAAAUUUGCAAAGACCAUUUGCUGCCACAGACCCCAGUACUCACUUGACAAUGAUGAAGCGCACGCUAGACAAGCUGAGGACAGUGCCACUAAAGUGAAACACAAACGUCUGCGUUCAUUGGACGCAUUUCGAGGGUUUGCCCUCACAGUGAUGGUUUUUGUCAACUACGGUGGAGGAGGCUACUGGUUCUUCCAACAUGCACCGUGGAAUGGUCUGACUGUGGCUGAUCUCGUAAUGCCAUGGUUUGUCUUCAUCAUUGGGACCUCAGUGGUGUUGGCGUUCAGCUCCAUGCAAAGGAGAGGCGUAGGCCGCCUGCAGCUGCUGCAAAAGAUCACGUGGAGGACUGUGGUCCUGCUGACGCUCGGCUUCUGCUUCCUCAACUACUACCCGCGCGAUGGACCACUGUCUUGGUCGUGGCUCCGGAUCCCAGGGGUUCUGCAGCGCCUGGGCUUCACUUAUUUUGUUUUGGCUCUACUGCAGAUUCUGUGGGGACACAAAGAGAAUCAACAGAAAGGAGGUCACUGGUGGGCCACCAUCCAAGAUGUGGUAUUGUACUGGCCCCAGUGGCUGACCAUGAUCAUCUUGGAGACUUUGUGGCUCUGCAUCACCUUCCUCCUGCCUGUACCCAACUGCCCCACAGGGUAUCUGGGAGCUGGUGGAAUAGGCGAUAAUGGCCUGUACCCCAACUGCACUGGGGGGGCAGCAGGAUACAUUGACAGGUGGAUAUUUGGUGAUAACAUGUACAGGUAUCCUACUUGCAAAGAAAUGUAUCGCACUACUCAACCUUUUGACCCAGAGGGAAUUCUGGGCACAAUCAACUCCAUUGUGAUGGGAUUUCUGGGAAUGCAGGCAGGGAAAAUCAUCAUUUUCUACAAGGGGAGGAACAUCCACAUCCUGUGCAGGUUCCUCGUAUGGGCCACCAUUUUGGGAAUCUCGGCAGCCGUCCUUUCAAAGUGCACGCGAGACGAAGGAUUUAUACCUGUCAAUAAAAACCUUUGGUCAUUGUCCUACGUGACGUGUAUGGGCUGUCUCUCCUUCCUCUUGCUGGCAGGCAUGUACGUUAUCACGGAUGUUAUGGGCUGGUGGGGCGGACAACCGUUCAUAUAUCCAGGAAUGAACUCCAUCUUGGUGUACGUCGGACACUCGCUCCUGGGUUUCUACUUCCCGUUCAGCUGGGAGAUGCGUUUCCAAGGAAACCACUGGGAGUGGCUCUUCCAAAGCCUUUGGGGAACUGCAUUGUGGGUAAUCAUUGCCUACAUGCUGUACAGGAAGAAAUUCUUCCUCAAAAUUUGAACUAAUUCGUUCUGCUGCCUUUACAGUUUGUUGAAUUCUCUAUUUUCUUCCAAUAUCUGCAAUUCAAAUCUUGAGCUGUGCUUGUGUAUAAUGGCGGUUAUCCAAGCUUGUGUACAUAAAUAAUUAUUUUGAUGUUUCACUGUUGUCCAAAACUGUGUAUCAACCACAUUCUGCUUAAGGCCUUGUCAAACUAAAAACAGCAAGACUUUUCAGGCACUUAUUGACUUGAAUGAAUAACUUGAUAAUUAAUGAUUAAACUCAGUUAUUUCAGUA